AUGUUCAAGGUGAGAAUGUGGAGCCGGGUCACAGCUGUCAUUGUCCCCUCUCAGCCUUCAGGAACCCUUUCCACGCUCCUGUGGCGCCUCUUUGGGGACCAGACUCGGUUCCUCCUGAGGUCUUUUCCACCUCCGUGCUAAAUCCUGGCUUGGCGGCGGUUCAUUCAGCGCUUGGUAAUUCAGAGAUCUGUGGGGCCAGCCAGCCUGAGCCUGCUCACCUUCAGAGUCUAUGCAGCACCCAAAAAGGACUCACCUCACAAAAGUUACAUGAAGAUCGAUGAGCUUUCACUCUACUCAGUUCCUGAGGGUCAACCUAAAUAUAAAUAUGUGGAGGAGCCAAGGAGUCAACUUGAAGAAAACAUCUCACAACUCCGACAUCAUUGUGAGCCAUAUACAAGUGUGUUUCAGGAAAUAUACUCCCAUACUAAACCCAAGGUGGAUCACUUUGUCCAGUGGGGAAUAGACAACUAUAACUAUCUUCAAAAUGCGCCUCCUGGAUUUUUCCCAAGACUCGGUGUUAUUGGUUUUGCUGGUUUUGUUGGACUCCUUUUUGCUAGAGGUUCAAAAAUAAAGAAGUUGGUGUAUCCUCCUUUUUUCAUGGGGUUAGGUGCCUCUGUCUAUUACCCACAACAAACCAUCACCAUUGCCCAGGUCACUGGGGAGAAGUUAUAUGACUGGGGAUUACGAGGGUACAUAGUUGUAGAAGAUUUGUGGAAGCAAAAUUUUCAGAAGCCAGGAAUUGUGAAGAAUUCCCCUGGAAAUAAAUAGAAAACUCCAUACUGUGCCCAUUUUAAUCAGUUAUAGGUACACAUUGGAAACUCCAGACAGUAAAUCAAUAUUUCUACAGACAAAUGGCAGAAUCAGUAUUGGAUAUAGUAAACUGGCUUUCUUCAGGAAAAACAACACUAAGCCUUUUUGCUGUUUUGGGUGAUGCCAUAUUACAGGCCAACUAAUCUGCAAUCUUUCACAUGGAAAUAAUGUACAAGCCUUAGAACUCCUCAUUCUUAUAUCACUAUUUAUGUAUAUAAUUAAACUCCAGAUUCCAACAAA